AUGUCGUUAAACAAGAGCAAUAUCAGAGAAUACAAACUAGUCGUUGUCGGUGGUGGUGGUGUCGGUAAGUCGGCGUUAACCAUUCAACUGAUUCAGUCGCACUUUGUGGACGAGUAUGAUCCAACCAUCGAAGACUCGUAUCGUAAGCAAGUAGUGAUAGACAACAAGGUGACAAUCCUCGACAUUCUGGACACUGCAGGGCAAGAGGAGUACUCGGCAAUGCGUGAGCAAUACAUGAGAACUGGGGAAGGGUUUUUGCUUGUUUACUCAGUCACGUCGCGCACGUCGUUUGAUGAGCUUAUGACUUACUACCAGCAAAUUUUGCGUGUCAAGGACGCAGACUACGUUCCUGUGUUCGUGGUGGGUAAUAAGAGCGAUUUGGAGGAUGAACGUCAGGUUUCAUACGAAGAAGGUGUUAACUUGGCCAAACAGUUCAAUGCGCCCUGCCUAGAGACUUCUGCGAAACAGGCUAUCAAUGUCGAGGAAUCCUUUUUCGGGCUGGUGCGCUUGGUUAGAGACGACGGUGCCUCUUAUAACCCUGCCAACGGCGAGCAACUUGAGCAGAAAUUUCAGCAACAAACUGCAAAGACCAAGGUGCAACCAUCUGCCAAUGGCACAUACGAGACCUCAACUUUACCUGCAAACAACGCGGCUGUGAAAAAGGUUGAAUCGUCUCCCAACGCUCCUGGAGCUGCAACCGUCCAACCUGUUGGCGCCUCGGGUGAUGAGAAGGCCGGCUCACCAGCUAGCAAGACAAAGCCUCAACAAGCUCGGGCUCAACAAAAAACUGCUGCGGAGGCACCUGCUAAGAAAGAGAGCUCAGGCGGUUGUUGUGUCAUUUGUUAG